AUACUGAGUUAACCUGGUAAUAUCAUGUCGUGUUUUCCUUUGAUAAAUGUGUACAGAUUUGUUUUAGAUUUGACAUUAUUUCCUUUUCAGAAUGAAAAAACAAUGUUUUCAGACUCGAAGUUAGUAACCGGUUUUGAACAUGCCAUAACGUUGUUUUUAUUUUACAGCUAGUGUUGACUGUUGAAAACGAGAUUUUACUUGGGUGAUGAUGCGGUGAUGCGUUUGGAUUGUUAUGGUUGACGCUUGAAUGACUUCCCAAUCUUCUGCCUUCGCAAUGCACGGAUUUCUCUUUCCACUUUUCAUAUUACCCGUCGUUUGGGCUAAAAUUGUGAAGUUAGAGGUGGAAGAUUUUAAACUUAAGAAGUUUGAACCUUGGAUAUAUCGGGAUGACGUGAUGAUGCGGUCACGUGCUUCACACCAGUUCUCUGUGCAUUUGUUCCAAAAUGACGUGGUGAUCGGCGAGUUCUGUCUACCAGGCUACAGAAAAGUUGAGAUAGUCAACAUGAUGUAUUCUAACGAUGGUCCAACAGAUUUGAUAGAUAUACACAUUAACCGGAAACACAUUGGAACUGUUCAAGCAAAAAUGUUAAUUGGGGGGAAAUCCGACUGGAAUGACUUCCGGUCCAGCUGGAAUAUCGGUAAACCAAUGAUAUUACCACCCGGACGCCACACCGUUACGCUGAAUGUAAGUAAAUCAGAUCGAUGGGGCACUGAAUUGGACGUGAUCCUUUUCAACGUUGAAGACGGGGAUCUGACUGAGAAAGCCUUUAGAUGUGCAUUGUUUUGUUUUGAAGACAUUAACUAUAGCGAUGUCGGUGGUCGACGAGACGACGUUCCCAGCGCCAAGUUCGUCCAGUACAGCACGAGCGCGACCUGUGGCGAAGACGAUAAUGUCAAGGUCGCAAUUUACCACGAUACUGCUAGAAAGUUUGUGAUCACUGCCUCUGGACCCAAGUAUAGGUCAUUUGGAAAUUACAGAAAACCGACCUAUGAAGGGUGUAAGAUAACAAAUCCAAUAUGGAAAUUUAACAAUGUUAGUGUAGAACCGUCUAGAACUCCCGUGGAAUCAGCACGUGCCCUUAUUAGAUUUGCAGGAAAAAAUGAUAACACAGAGGUCAUCGUGACGUUUGCGGCAAUAGAACGGCUGAAAACGAGAGACUUCAGCAAUCUAAAUGUGGGUUCAACACUUUAUGUGAAGUUACGGAAAAUAUCAUCAGUUGUCCAGGUGUUUGUGGCAUAUAUAGGGCAGAAACGGACAUGGACAGAGUUGUCAUGGCAAUCGUUCGACCCUGAAAUAUUAAGCAGGAAUUGGUCUAUCCCGGACUGGUCUUGGUCAGAACAAACUGGAAACCUUGUAAAACUGACCUUUGUGAGAACUUUAACAGAGGCAUCCUUACCUAUAGUCAUAGAGGAGAUUGGACUGGAAGAGAGAAAACUGAACAACUCGAAACGUGUAAUAUUCGAUAACGAAGAGUUUAUUGUGGAAGGGAUUGAUCUUGAUUUUUGGUGGCAAAGGGACAAAAACAUGACAGUCUCGGUACUCCAGAAUGGGAAUUCGUACUUCGAUAUAGACUGUGUCCGGAUUAACUAUAGACAACAAUGGGAGGCCGAUCUCCACUCUCAGAUAUUUGAGAUAUGUCAGGACGGACUAGUAAAGCUUGCCCCUCCGGCACCUCAUGGUUUGGACUGGAUUCCUUUUGGGUCUUCCGUUGUACUUGGAGCUGCAGACCCGCGGUUUCCCCGUCCGUAUACUGACAUCAUAUCUAUUGGCAUCGACACUCGGACGGUAUCGUUAAGCGUACUUUACCGAGAUAACUCCUCUCUGACGCUUUCCCUGCAGCCGUCCUAUCUAGAAACUCGGUUGUUUGUCCAGGACGUAUUCGUCAGUAUGGAUAAACAGACCAAGCUCCCCUUGAUAACGUUUUUGUCGAUGUGGGUGGCGGAUGGAAACGCCGACGUAGAUCAUAUCACUGUUAAUGGCGACUCGCCACGACAUAUCAUACGGAAAUGGGGCGCUCUCUAUGGAGUGUCUGCUACAUUCUUCCGGCAGUGUAUUUCAUCUCACAACACACAGAGCCCGGAUAUCCGCAUUGACAUUCUCGGAGAGAAUGAGGACGCCAAAUUAUAACCCACGUGAAAGUAAUAUCAAUAAAGCGGAUAGAAGCAAGAUACCAAAAACCGUCAUGUGACAUCGAUAUUUUCGGUGGGAAGGAAAAGAUCAAACUAAUGCAUCGUGCGAAUUUUUUCCAAGACGACACAUGCGCAGAAGGAUAGUCGCACAUGCUUUGUAAAAUGUUCAUCAAACUAUAUAACAUACCACGCUGUAGUUAACCGUCCGACUUUGUAAUAAACUUAACAGUUCAGCAUCUGAAGAUAUUCACGCUCCAAUAAGCUGGAUUUUUAUUUAAUUUUGGUAGAGACUGUGCAUCAUAUAAAACAUCAAGUAAUGUAUGAACUGUAACUACCCCCACCUCCUGCCUGUGAAGACUGGUACUGAGAGACUUGUAUACCCCUAUAUAUCUGGAUUGAAAGACUAGUAUACCCCCCCCCCCCCCCCCCC